GCCGGAUCAAUAGAGAAGCCAGCUACACUACACAAAGCGAAGGAAUGGGCGCUCCGAGUGUUCUCGCGCUCGUGGCGUCCGUGGUGACCAUGGCGAUUGCCAUGGCUGCGGCGGAGUACAACGUGGUGGACUACGGCGCGCGGCCCGACGGCCGGACGGACUCUGCGACGGCGUUCCUCGCUGCGUGGGCCGCAGCGUGCAACGACACGGGUGCUACGGCCACCCCGGUGAUGCGCGUGCCGGCUGGCCGGUUCUUGAUCAGCCAGGCCUACUUCAAGGGCCCGUGCCGGAGCGACGCCGGCGUGGUCGUCGCUGUCGACGGAACCGUGCUCGCGCCGGCGGCCGUGGACAACACGUCGUGGAUCAUGUUCCACUACGCCCACGGCCUGGAGAUCGGCGGCGGGACGCUGGACGGGCAGGGGCAGGCGUACUGGGCGUGCAAGACGGCCGGCCGGCGAUGCCCGCCCGGCACCACGACGCUUAAAAUCAGCCAAUCCAAGAACGUGAGCGUGACGCGGCUGACGCUGCUGAACAGCAAGAACGUGCACAUGUCCAUCUACGACAGCACCGGCGUGACGCUGCAGGGCGUCAGGAUCGUCGCGCCGGCCGACAGCCCCAACACCGACGGCGUCCACGUUCAGCUUUCGAGCGGCGUGCGCAUCCUCAGCGCGACCGUCGGCACGGGCGACGACUGCGUCUCGCUGGGGCCUGGCACCUCCGAUGUGCUCAUCACGAACAUCAAGUGCGGCCCGGGCCACGGCAUCAGCAUUGGGAGCCUGGGCGGGGAGGCCGGCGAGGCGGGGGUGCAGAACGUGACGGUGGAGGGGGUGACGCUAACGGGCACACAGAACGGCUUGCGGAUCAAGACGUGGGGGCAGCCCAACAGCGGGUCCGUCACCGGCGUCUCCUUCGGGCGCGUCACCAUGCGCGGCGUGCACAACCCCAUCAUCGUCGAUCAGAACUACUGCCCCGGCAACAUCGGCAGCUGCCCCGGCAAGAGUUCCGGUGUGAAGAUCACCGAGGUGGUGUACACGGACAUCGAGGGGACGUCGGCGACGCCGGUGGCGGUGCGGUUCGACUGCAGCGGCACCAACCCGUGCACCGGGAUCAGGCUCAAGGACGUCAACCUGACGUACCAGGGCAAGGCGGCGCAGUCCUUGUGCAAGAAUGCCCACGGCUCGGCGUCCGGAGUUGUCAACCCGCCGAGCUGCCUGUGAGGGAGGAGCUGGCCGUCACCUGCCGGCUGUAAUUCCAGUAACGUAGUCACUGUUUGGUGCAUCUGUUGGCGAUUCCCAUGUGCAUGGCAUAUAAGGCAUGGUUUGUUUUUGCUAUGGA